AUGACUGAGCAAGAAGACAUCGCUGCCGCACUGGAAAAGACACAAAACGCCCUCCAUGACGUCGAACUUAUGAUCAACUCGUUGAACGAUGUCCGUCUCUCUGUUCAUCACGUCUUCCACAUCCUUCAAGGACGGUCACUAGCACCACUAUCAGGAGCAGCAUUUCGGGAAAACGCAAAGUUUACAUAUACCGCAUUGGAGUCCUUAGCAAAGCUGGCGGUCAACUCUGAAGGGCUUUUGAAUGAUACACAGUCGAUGGAGCUUCCAAAGUUGCAAGGACCUUCACCAAUGUAUGUCGUCAGUUUGUUAUCUUUGAAGAAAUCUCCAGCAAAGUCAUUGCCUGGGGUCAAUGUGUCAGGAGUCAUGAAUGCGUUCAUCGUCCUGGAAGCAAACAGGAAGGGUCGCUGUCUGUCGAUAUCGCGACUGGUUGUGUUUGGAGCCGGAGAGGAGAAUUCAGUUUGGGAAGACUCGAGUCAUCUGGUGUUCAAGAAAAUCUCGCAGAUUGCAGUGGGCGCAGUGGAUUAUUUCAUGGACAGGGCGCCACGCUCCCUCCUCGGACUUGUCCUUGAGUGGAUAUCGAUGUAUUCGACAUUGUUUACGGCGCCAUGUUCGGGAUGUGGGAAGCACCUUUAUUUUGACUCGCAGCAGUUCAAGCAUCUGCCCCCGACGCUGUACACGUAUGAUGAGCAGGGCAUGGCCCUUCCCUUCCACCCCGCCUGCCAGAAGAAAUAA